AUGGUUGGGAUCCAACUUCACGAGGAGCACAUGACCGCCUCCACAGGGAGGGCCACUGCGCUCGACUGCGGACGAAGCGAGGCAAAUGCCGUGCGGUCUACGGCGCCUGUGCGCGCAAUCCGCGCCACGGGGGGGAUGCGGGGCGGUCAACCGUCGAUAAGUCAGUUUUUUGCCAUAAAAUAUAUUACAACGAUAAUAGCCGCGAGGAUAAGGCAGCAAACAAGGUAUACGGUCAUCAUGGGACGACCCACCUUUUCCAGCGUCUUCUUUAGCUUCACAUUCAUUUUGCCCAAGUUGCCAUGGACAUCGUCCAUCUUCCGCUCCGUCUCCUCCAGCAUCUGCUCUUGCGCCCCGAGCUCAGAGGUGAUGUGCGUCGCGUUUUCGUUGAGGCGCUGCACACCGACGUGGAUGCGAUCCAGCGAAGCGUCGAUGACCGCGUCAUUUUUUUGCGUGUCUUGA